AUGGCACUUUUACCAAAGAAUAACUGGGAAAAAAUAUUGCCGGAUUUACCUGCAUAUAAAAAAUAUAAAGAAUUGGACAAUGUGGACAUCAGUGGUAAGAGCAAUGAUUAUUGUAUAAAUUACCUAGGGAUAAGUAAUGGCGAGGAUGAAAAGUUUUGCAACCAGAUAGCAAAGAAUUUAAGAAAAAUAUUCCUUGAAAAGGAUCCUCUAAAACGUAGAUAUGGUUGUAAUUACUUUAAGCAAUGGUUCCACGAUAACAUAGGGAAAAGAUAUUAUGUAGGAAAUGAAAAGGGUGAAAAAAUUCAUGUUUCCGAUAGUCUUUUUAAUUUUGUGGCAGCAGCUAAUAUAAAAUAUAUAAAAGAUUCAGCUUGCAAUGGCGAUACUUUUGGUGACCCAGAAGAGUGGAAAGAAGAAAAAGACUUACAUGAUUAUUUUAUAAAUUUUAAGCAUAUUAAAUGCAACGAUUAUGAUAAAGAUAAGUGCGAAAAAUAUGUUGAUUAUGUUACUUAUAUUAAUAGGAUAUAUCAAAAGAAAAUUGGUAAAUGUUGCGAUGAGGAUGAUUUGGGAAAUUUAUUCUGUAUUCCUUCUAUUAAAUGUGGAGCUCAGUACCAACCAUACAAGCUACUAAUUGAACUAAACCAAAGUCUUCUGUCAUUAGGUAAAAAAAGAGAGGCAGCACUUAGGCAGGUACCAUUUAGAGAGGUAGCACUUAGAGAGGAAGCACCUGCAAAAUAUGUAGCAGCAAAACCCGGACCUGGAGUAAGUGAAACGGCAAGAACUUUGCAUUAUCAAGAAACUUCUAGUCCCUCACAAAGACAUGACGAUGAAGAGGAAAAUCACGCAGUAUCAUAUUAUACCUCGGAGCAUGAAGGCGAUGCAGUACCUCUUGACAUUGAUGAUUCGUCUGUUUCUUUGGGAACUACACAUGAAGAGUUAGGCUCUAACCUUUUUCGCAACAUAUUCUUAGCUGCUGGAGUACUUGGAUUAGUUUCCUUCUUUUUCUACUACAACAAAUCUUCUCUAUUAAAAUCGAGGUCACGCAGAAGAAAACGAAAAAAAAGUAAAAGCAAAGCUAAUUAUUACGAAGAGAAUGAAAAUGAGUUAGAAACGUAUGAUUCAGGAGAUGCAACUUCAUAUUCUGAAGGCGAUCAAUAUUAUUUGAAUUACCAACCCAAUCAAUCGUAUUUGAAUUACCAGCCCGAUCAAUCAUAUUUGAAUUAUCCUUCCGAUGAAUCAUAUUCGAAUUACCGUUCCGAUGAAUCAUAUUCGAAUUACCGUUCCGAUGAAACAUAUUCGAAUUACCGUUCCGAUCAGUCAUAUUCGAAUUACCAUUCCGAUGACGACUAUUACUACUAA